AUCGAGCCCAGCCUAGCCGUCGGUAGUGGCGAGAAUUGCUUGAGCGGUUAUAUGAGCAUGAACAAGAUGCUGCAGACGGUCAAGCGCCGUCUGAGCAACUCGUCCGAGGGGGACCUCGCCGCGGUGAGUCAGCUGCAUCUGGCGUCGGGGGUAAGCAUGGGGGCCAAUUCGUCCCAGGGAUCCACGCGCGACGACGGAAUUGAAAACGUGGCGCGAUCCGACGUGUCCUUGCCAAAACGUGAACGGCGCCGCAGCUCGCUCGUCCGCAACCAAAAGGUGGCCGCAUUGAAGGACCUUCCCCAUCUCAAAGACACGAACAUGCAAAAACGCGAGGCGUUGUUCCAGCAAAAACUCGAAUUGUGCUCGGUCCUGUUUAACUUUGAAGACGCCGCGUCCGACAAGAAGGGCAAGGACCUCAAACGGCAAACGUUGUUGGAGCUUGUCGACUACGUUAACAAUGCUGGUGGGCAAAAGAUCUUUACCGAAGCACUCAUGCCCGACAUCAUGGCCAUGGUGUCGGCCAACAUUUGCCGCGCGUUGCCGCCGCAAACGGAGGAUUUUGACCCUGAAGAGGACGAACCUGUGCUGGAACCGUCCUGGCCCCACUUGCAGGUCGUAUACGAAUUCUUUCUGCGCUUCAUUGUGUCGGGGGAGGUCAAUGCCAAGGUGGCCAAGAAGUUUGUCGACCAAAAGUUCUGCUCAAACGUGAUCGAGCUGUUUGACAGCGAGGACCCGCGCGAACGGGAUUACCUCAAGACGAUUCUCCACCGCAUUUACGGCAAGUUUAUGUCGCAUCGGUCGUUCAUCCGCAAGGCGAUUUCGAAUGUGUUUUACCGGUUUGUGUACGAGACGGAGCGACACAACGGAAUUGGGGAGCUGCUCGAGAUCCUCGGGAGCAUCAUCAACGGGUUUGCCAUGCCGCUCAAGCGCGAACACUUGCAGUUCCUCGUGAAAGCGCUCGUCCCGCUGCACAAGCCCAAGUGCGUGAGCUUGUACCACCAGCAACUGUCGUACUGCAUCACGCAGUACGUGGAAAAAGAUCCCGACACGGCGAUCCCGAUCAUCUCGGGCAUCGUCAAGUUUUGGCCGUGGGCAUGCUCGUCCAAGCAAGUGCUGUUUUUGAACGAACUCGAAGAGAUCCUCGAGCUCAUGGGGCCCGACCAGCUGCAGCAAAUCCACAAAGAGCUCUUCCGCGUCUUGUCCAAGUGCCUCGGCAGCCAGCAUUUCCAAGUGAGCGAGCGGGCGCUUUUCCUCUGGAACAAUGAACAUCUCGUCAACAACGGGUGCCUCAGUCGCCAGCACGCAGGGUUGAUCUUGCCCGUCAUAUACGGUCCGCUCUACAAGAACUCGCUCGGCCACUGGAACACGACCGUCGAAGGCCUUGCGCAGAACGUGCUCAAGCUGUACAUGGACUACGACAUGGCGCUGUUUGACAAGUGUGCCAAGGAGUACCUGGCCAAGGAAGAGCGGGUCGUCGAGAAGGUCACGGCACAGGCCGACAAGUGGAAAAAGAUAGAGAUCCUCGCUGAAUCCAAGGCGCGGGAAGCGGCCCAUUGAGCCGCGUUUGGACCACACAUGUACUAGUCAUGACUUCACCCCGUGUUAUAUUCCUAAAUUGCUGCUUGUGCUUGCGUCUCGGCCACAGUUUGAAUGCACAAGGUUGCGCGAGCUGCAACGGAUUGCCCUCCAAACAGCUCGAG